AUGUCAUUUGGAACACCAUUAACUGAAAAAUUACUACGUCGAUGCAUGAAGCUCAUGAAACUUUCAAAAGUGACAAAACGUGUCGAAGAUCAUGAUUUUAGAAUCAACAAACUCGCUUGGCGCAGCGGAGACAACGACAAGCGUUUAACUGGUAACGUCAGGGUCAACAAUACGAUGAUGAUGAAAACGAGAGAAGAGAUUCCUUGGGCAAGAAUGUCACAUUUCUGGUCAAGACGUAGCAUGUCUAUCUCUGUUACUGUUUUGUUACUUCUAUCCAUUGCUAUCAUGGUCAUCUCUGAGCACCGUUGUAGUCGUGAUUGGGCCAGAUAUCCACAGGGAGGUUUCCCCAGUAAGGCCUACCACAAAGGAAAAGAGUUGGACGCCUUACAUUAUCACAGUGCAAGCGACUCGUGGGAUUACACAUACGCCACAGAAACAAAGGUGAACACAGGCGCCAAAUACGGCGAGCUGCAACUGCCAACUGGUGCCACUUGCACCCCAUCGUGA